AUCAAGGUCAAGUUCAGCCGACCCAAAACAAGCAAGGCCGCGGAUUGAAGCUAUUAACACCCCUCUUCUUCAGUGCUCUUGGGGUUCAGGAGAAGAGGAAGAAGGCUAUAGAAGAAGAAGCGACCGAAGAAGCAAUACAAAACCUCAGAGACUACAUAAAAAAGAAAAAAGAAAGUGUGUGCAGGAAUCUUCUUUGAGCCAGCCAGUCCCUUAAUACCCCUCUUCUUCAGUGCUCUUGUCGUUCAGAAGAAGAAGAGGCCUUUUUUGAGCGCCAUGGAGCAAGACGGCUUCCUGGUGGAGUGCAGCGACGAGGAGGUGGAGAAAGAGUUCAGCAAGACGGCCUAUGGAUAUGAGCCGAGUGUGGGCGAGGUGCUGCGUCUGUACGAGGCGCUGGGACGGGACGGCUCGCUGGGGCUGGGGUGGCGGUGGGAGCUGGGUCGCCGCCUCCCCACACCUUCCCAGAGCGACUCCCACAGUGAGAAGGAAGAGGAGGAGUCGGAGAAAGUCGACACAUCAGGCUUUGACUUUGAUGAUGACACGCCCUCGGUCCGCCCCACCCCUCGCCGCACCCCAGGCAGUGCGGGGCCCAAGGGGAGUGCCAAGAAGAAGACGACGAGCUUUGCCAACGUUAUCGCCAACGUGAGACGACACAAGAAGCUGGAGUACAGGGAGAAGAGUCGAAGCAGAAAGGAGAGCAAGAAGUAGAGAGACAUGUGUUUGUGUGUGUGUGCGUGAGAUGAAAGAUAAUGAGAGGUGAAAAGAGCAUAAGUAAGGAGAGUGUGUGUUUGUCUGUGUGAGAGAUGACGAUGAAAUAGAAAAGAAAGAGCAGAAAAUAUAGAGAGAAAAAUUGCUUGUAUGAGGUAUGAGAGGUGAAAAGAGCAUAAGUAAGGAGAGUGUGUGUUUGUCUGUGUGAGAGAUGACGAUGAAAUAGAAAAGAAAGAGCAGAAAAUAUAGAGAAAAAUUGCUUGAGGUAACAGCAGAGAAGGCACAAGGAAUAAGAGAAAGAGUAAGAGAAGUGUUUGUGUGGGAGAGAUGAUGAUGCAUUAGAAAAGAGAGUGAAAAAUAGAGAAAGAAAGAAAAGUGUGUGUGUGUGUGCGUGAGAUGGCAUAACAGAAAGAGCAAAAAGUAAGGAGACUGUGUGCUUAUGUGUAUGUGUGAGAUGAUGUAAUGGGAGAAAGAGAGCAGCGAGUAAGGAGUGUGUUGUAAAGAGCUUGCUUGGAGAGAGAGAGAGAGAGAGAGCGAGAGCCCACUCAGCCAUCACCAUCAACCAUGCAGAAGAAACAGCUCCAGGGAGGUAAAGAAACAAGUCCAAGAAUUAAUUCCAGUUGAAAAAUAUCUAUUUGACUAUCUAAAUCUGUAUACAAAUUUCAACCACUUAAAUUAAUUGCAUUGAUAAUAUUUUGUUGUUGUUGGCUGAACACACAAAACACUUUCCUUCUCUCCUAGCUUGAAUGAUUACUUUUUGAAGCGAAUCAAUUAUAAUAUUUUUUUUCGUAAUUUAAUGGAAUUUUAUAGUAUAUUUUUUUCAAUAAAUUUGAACUUACACAGAUACUUUAUUUACCAGUGUUAAAUUAUUGUUUCGGUGGAAGAUGGGGCCGUAUUGCAAGUUGAAUCCGAGAAGUUUCAGGUCCAUACAGAUUUCAGUUCGGGGCCGCAUUAAGGGGCUGUUACACUGGGCAAAUUUUCCGUGGAUCUUCAGUCAGACCACGAUUUCCGCUAGCUUGGUUCUCAUUUAUUUCUUGUUAUUGCUGAUGAUGAUGAUGGUGAGUAAUACCGUCGUCCUUCGGUGAAAUCUACCGUAGCUUUGGAAGAUCGUGGACACGUCAGAAAACCACGGAAAUAUGAGAACCACGCCAGCGGAAAUCGUGGUUUGACUGAAGAUCCACGGAAAAUUUGCCCAGUGUAAUAGCCCCUAAGUCAAAUCUGAGAAAAUUCAGGUCCCUACAGAGUUCGUGAUGAAAAACAUUGUAGGGAUCCAAAACUUCUCUGAUCCGACUUGUAAUACGGCCCAUAAUGAAAAAAAGACUGUACAAUAAUCUCCUCCCACCCACAAUAUCCUGACUUGAGUGGAUAUUAAUGUAUAAGUAAAACAAUAGUGGAUUAUACGAGACCUAUCACCCAUAAGCCAUACAAACCUUUAUAAACAAACCAUACAAAGGCUGUGCAAGAGAGAACACAUUUGAACUUACCCUCACUGCUGAUUGGAAGAAACAGCUCAUCUUUAAGUCUUCCGAGGAAUAUAUUUACACAGCAGCUUAGAAGAGUUAAAAUAGGUCUUAAUUUCACACACCAUAACACUCCUUUACUCUGUUGUUUUGUUACGUAUUGAUCUGACACACCAUGAAUGCUCCCUUGCUUUACUCUAUUGUACAGUUUAUUAACACUGAACUGUAUUAUUUUUGUUGCCCUGAAUGAGCUACGAACCCUACAUCUUUGAACCGGCAAAUAUUUAAGUAAUGCAAUUUUUAACCCUGGUCUUUCUUUGACACACCAUGAACACUUCUUUACUUUAUGCUACUGUUGUAUUGUUUUGUUAUGAAGUAGCGUUUUUGUUGCCCUGAAUGAGCUACCAACCCUACAUCUCUGAACCGGCAAAUAUUUAAGUAAUGCAAUUUUUAACCCUGGUCUUUCUUUGACACACCAUGAACAUUUCUUUACUUUACGCUACUGUUGUAUUGUUUUGUUAUGAAGUAGUGUUUUUGUUGCCCUGAAUGAGCUACCAAACCUGCAUCUUUGAACCGACAAGAGGAUGGCACGGCUAAUAUUUCAAUAAUACAACGCCUAACCCUGGUCUUGAUUUGACACACCAUGAACACUUCUUUGCCUUACGCUAUCGUUGUAUUGUUUUGUUAUGAAGUAGUGUUUUUGUUGGCUUGAAUUGCUGCCAAAUUUGCCCUUUUGAACCAACAAGAGGAUGGCACGGCAAAUAUUUCUAUAAUGCAACGCCUAACUUGCUUGGACACACCUUGAACACUUCUUUUUGUUACUCUUUUGUUACUUUUUAUGAACUAUACUAUUUUUCUUGCCCUGAAUAGCUACCAAACCUGCACAACAGAUAUUUCAGUUGUAGAAAGUUUAACUCUGUUCUUGUUCUAAAAUUUUGUCACACACACACACACACACACACACAUCUAUUUACUUUGCAACUGACUCAAUCGAUCGUUUAAUUUUGCAAGACACCUCUCCACCUGAAAUUGACCUCUCUUAUGGCCACUCUGCUUUUAUCUUUUAUGGGAGCGGCGAGUAUCGGGCUUUUUUUUGGGGUACCCUUUUUGUUGCCCUUGAGCUGUGUCCUCUGAUGUAAAAAAAAAAUAAAUAAAUAAA